AUGCAACAAGAAAAUGCCGAAGAUGAUACACCGCCCGCCUCCGUUUCGUCACUGCGCUCACGCUUUGAGCAAAUGACAUCCUCGAGAUCGCAUCAAGCAGCGCCCGAAGCACCAAAGCCCCUCAGACCAGCACAUACAGGCGUCGACCCGUUCAGAGAAUCACACGAGACCAAUAGCUACACGCGAGCCUCCCUGGACAUUCCCCGAGAAGCCUACUCCAGCAGCCCUGCAGCGCCCCCGGCCAAGAAGUCGUACCGCGAAUACCUUUCCGCGACCGUUCCUGGGCGACUCGGCGGUCACGGCCCCCGCCAGCGGCCGCUCUCAAUGUACAGCACAUUCUCUCCGCCGCUGUCACCUCCGACGUUUCGCGUUGAGUCGCCAAGAUCUCCCCAGUGCCCGCCGCCGCUAAACAUAGAUGCCCGGGAUAAAUCGCCGGAAAGACCAACACCCGCACCCGCGGUUCUCAACGCGCCGUUGAAUGGCACUAAUGCACCAGCAAGGCCCUAUAGUAAUAAUAAGGUUCCGAGCCGUGGAAGCACGCCAUCGCCUGGUACAGAGAAGCGCGCCGCCCCCCCACCUCCCCCGGUGUCUACUUCGGUAAGGGCUGCCGUGAGACCACCCGCGCCGCCGGCGCCCGCGCCAGUUUCGUGCUUUGAUGACCCGCCGAAUUUUGAUCGUAGACCGAGCCUGCCAAAUAAUACUAUUGCGGUGAGACGGGCGCCGCUGAGUCCGGCGUUGCAGGUGGUGCAUGACGAGCAUAAUUGCGCACCGCCGAUCCCGGCAAGGACUUCGAAGCCGAAGAUCACAAGUAAGCCGCCCAUGAUACCCCCGAAAAGCACAAGACCGGAUUUUGCAGGGAUUGCGCUGGCAGCGCCGACGACGUCUUCGGAGGAACGGGUAUCACCGUUUAGCACGCCACCGUCGAGCGCAAAUAACUCGCCGAGUAGGUCGGAUAAUGAGGCAGGGCCAAGACCAAAAAUACAGAGCAAGAUUACGAACAACUCGGCGUAUUAUGCUCCCCCGCCGUUGAGCUACAAUCCACCACCGCCUCCACCCAUACCCCCGAACGCGAACGCAGCACGAGAGAGGAAUGGGAACGUUAUUGAUGUGAGAGCGAGUAAGCCGGCACCACCGCCCCCGCCGAGGAUGUCGAGGGAGGAGGUUAGGCCAAGGAUGAAAUUUGAAGAUUCAGUUCGUGGGCAGAGGACAUCGUUGGACGACGCUGGGAUGAGGCCGGAUUUACCACCGAGGCCAAUUGGAGGAGGUAUAAUUGGAGGGAUCAAGGCUAGGGUCCCGAGCAUGAGGGGACGGAGUUAUUCGCCUCCCAGACAUGCUGAACCUGCUGUUCCUGAAAGGCCUGUACCUAAUCCAUCAGCAUUUCUCCCGCCGCCAAAAAGGCCUGGAACAAAUAGCCAUUCGCCGUCACGGCAGCCAUCACUUGCUAGGAGUAACACUUUUAUUGGGAGCUCAAGAGAUGACCGGAAUACUGGCUACGGUGAUGACUCGGAUGAGGGUGCUGAUGAUCAGUCGUCGCUGAGCGAGUAUCCGGAUUCGUCGCAGGCAAACAGAAGGCUCCCAUGCUUCAAGAAAGGCGUACGAGAAAUCCCGUGUAAAUAUGAUGUCCGAUUGUUCGCUGUCUGCGGGCAGUAUGUGUGUACUACAAGCCACACAACGAACGUGUGGAACAUAGAGACCGGUCAGUGUAUAAUGUCGCUCCCCCACUCUGAGGGCACGCGGAUAACUGCAAUUGCCUUCAAGCCCUCAAUCAAGGUCCAGGAUGAGGGGCGGCAGCUGUGGCUAGGUACCUCACACGGUGAGCUGCUGGAGGUGGAUAUUGCGGGACAGCGGGUGAUCGACUCAAGGUCAAGCGCGCAUGUUAAGAAGGAGAUUGUCCAGAUCCACCGCUGCGGGUAUGAGCUGUGGACGCUCGAUGAGGGUGGGAAGUUACAGGUGUGGGGUCCGGAUGUGAACGGCGUGCCAAACCUAAAGAACUCGCCGACGACCUUCAGAAUCCCGAAUAAGCACACGUUCUCACUCGCUGUUGAUGGGCUACUAUGGAUAGGCGCGGGGAAGUCCGUGCAUGUGUAUCAACCCAGUACUGAUCCAAGUAUACCUUUUAACCUGACACAACGACCGUUGGCACCAAGUAAGCCGACAGGUGAGAUCACUUGUGGUGCGGUGGUGAACAGUGAGCCAGGGAAGAUAUAUUUUGGGCACUCGGAUGGCAAGGUGUCGAUCUACUCGAGGACGCAGCUUACGUGCAUCGAUGUCAUCAGUAUCUCGCUAUAUAAGAUCAACUCCAUGAGUGGUGUCGGUGAUUAUUUGUGGGCCGGGUUUAAGACCGGGAUGAUUUACGUUUACGAUGUCCGCUCGAAGCCAUGGCGAGUGCUGAAGGACUGGCAAUGCUCAAACGGGCCUGUAGUCCAAGUAGUCGCCGACCGAACCAGCAUCUGGAAGACCGGCCGCCUGCAAGUUGUCUCCCUCGGCGUGGACAAUAUCAUCCGUCUCUGGGACGGUAUGCUUGAAGAAGACUGGCUCGAGGGCGAGAUGCAAAAGCGCGACGCCGAAUUCUGCUCCUUCCGCGAGAUUAAAGCUCUGAUUUGUACCUGGAAUGCCGGCGCCUGCAAGCCUCAGGACCUGCUUAAAGACGCCGACGACCGCGUUUUCCUCGAAAACGUACUCACUAGCGUCAAGUCACCAGAUAUCAUUGUCUUUGGCUUCCAGGAGCUUGUCGAUCUCGAGAACAAAAAGCUUACGGCGAAAACCCUUCUCAAGGGCGGGAAGAAGAAGAAGGCUGCCGACCACCAAGCCCAUAUGUCGCACCAGUACCGUCUCUGGCAACAGCAGCUCACAAAGUCGAUCGAAACCCACCUCCCACGAGACGAGCCCUAUACCCUCCUGCACUCGGCAAAUCUCGUAGGUCUUUUCACCUGUAUCUUCGUCAAGUCCGCCGAACGCCGCUCGAUCCGAAACGUUAGCGCUGCAACCGUCAAACGUGGUCUCGGUGGUCUACACGGAAACAAGGGCGCCCUCAUCAUCCGUUUCCUCCUUGAUGACUCGUCACUUUGCUUCAUCAACUGCCAUCUUGCCGCUGGCCAGUCACACACUGUCUCUCGUAACAACGAUAUUGCUGCAAUUCUUGAGUCUUCUAGCCUUCCUGCCGACCCAGCAGCACAAGACAUUUUUGUCGGUGGAGGCGACGGUAGCAUGAUUCUUGACCAUGAAAUCUGUAUCCUUAACGGAGACUUGAAUUACAGAAUCGACAUGCACCGCGACUCGGUCAUCCAGAGAUCCAAGAACCUCCAACUCCCCGCAUUGCUUGAGCGCGACCAGCUCCUCAUGGAGCGGAAACGGAACCCCGGUUUCAGGUUACGUGCGUUCAAUGAGUCGCCCAUCACGUUCAGGCCGACAUAUAAGUACGACGUAGGGACGGACACAUACGAUAGCAGUGAGAAGAAGAGGUCGCCGGCGUGGUGUGAUCGAUUGCUGUAUAGAGGGCUCGGGAAGAUCAAGCAGACGGAGAACUCCUAUCGGAGAUGGGAGGUCAGGACAAGUGACCAUCGGCCGGUGUCGGGUGUGUUUGAGAUCAGGCUGAAGACGGUGGAUAAAGCCAGGAGAGGGCGUGUGUGGGAUCUGUGUUGUCAAGGGUAUGAGGCGGUGAGGGAGAGGCAUGUGUGGGAGGCUAAGAUGGACUUUCUGGUCAACGUGUUAGGCUACCAAAUUGAAGAUGCACAACGAAGUAUAGAUACACAGAAGGGCAUGGUCAAUGCCGUGGAGAGUCUACAGGCGGGACUGUAG